AUCCACAGAUUGGCUCAAUCUUUUCUUAGUCUUUGUUGUGGGUCAGUGGCGAAGAGAAUUAUAAAAUUCAUUGCUGUCCGUGUGUGCUUGUUAAUAAAAUAAAUGUGAAUCUAAUUCAUAAUUAAAGAGUUCUUAAUUAAAAUAACCGUGAUACUACAUGGCGCAGUCGAUUUUACGAAGCUAUGAAUAAAAAUACUUCGAUUUCGUCGAAAUUUUACAAAUAUUAGCAGAAUAAUUUUGUUAGUUGGUGUAAAACAUAAUGGCAAACUCAAAGAAGAACCAUUCGAAAAAAUUGCACAAGCAGAAUUCAAGAUGCGUCCAGCGCUGUCACUCCAUGCUGUGGAAGACUAUACGAGAUGGAAAAAUUAAAAAAAAAAAAUCAAAUUUUCAUCACUGCGGACGGAUUUGAAAGAAUAUACGAGAACAGAAAAGCAGCAAUGCUGCUAAACUGUAUAGGCCUCGAAGCACAAGACUUCUAUAUUAAUUUACUACAGUAAUAAGUACCUACAAAAUAGGAGAAAGUACUCGAAGCGUUCGAUGAAUAUUGUUCACUAAAACAACAUGAAGUGUUCAAUACAUUUAACUUCAGUAACCGAAUACAAGAAGUGAAAGUUUCGAUAGUUUUACCCCAAUAUUAAGAAACUAGUAAAUGUUAAGAGGCAGAAUAGUCAUGGGCAUCACAGACAAACAUCUACAAUGGAAACUCUUGGAAAUAUGUGACCCCACUUUUGACAAGGCAGUGAAGAAGUGCAAAGCUGCAGAGCUGUCCAGAGAGCAUGCCAGAGCCAUGCAGAAGCAGGCUGACCAUUCAGGAAUUGGCGAGUUUGAAACACCCUCGGAGGUGCACAUUCAGGCUGGAGCAAGACGUUCGUUACGUGACCCGACAAGACAGGGGAGGGACCGCAAGGAUGUCGAAACUCCUUUUUUUUCAACCAUUGAUUACAAAUUCUAAUAUUAUAACAUUACUGGCCCCAUAUUGACGUGCACAUUGAAAGUUUGGUAAAAUAGUGUAUAGUUUGCCAAACCUACUAAAAUAACAAUAUAAAAGAAGUACCAAUAUUACCUUUUUUAAAAGUAGGAGCAGAUAUAAUGGAGUUUAGAAGGAAAAGUUAUUUAAUUAUAUUAUAUAUGUCAAAGUCAUUAGAAAUAAAACCUAUUUAAAGCAAAUCUGCUCAGAGUGUAAUUAGUGCAAUUAUAGAUGUUCCUAUUUUGGCAUACCAUUAGAGAUUGUACCAGAUCAUGUUCCUUUUGACUCAAUUGAAUGUAAAAAAAUUGGUUUAGUAUGGGUAGUACGUUUACCUAUUCUAGUCCCAAGGUAUGCUUAAUCAAAUGGUAUGGCAGAAUGGGCAGUUCAGAUUGCAAAAAAAAUACUUACCUAAUGCUUGGGAGAUAAAACAGAUUAAGUGCGUUCGGGUAAGAUCGGACACGGGGUAAGAUCGUAUAACGAAAAAAUACCAAGAGUCUAUGGUUAUUUUUUAGUUUAAGCUAUGUAUGCGGCUACGUUGUCUCUUUUUGCCCCACCCUAUAUACCACAGUUGAUGCUACGACCAAGAACGGGUGCGCUAUGUGCAUUGAAACAAUAAAGGUGGAUUUCGCU